CUUCCAAAAACUGCGAAAACGAGGCUGAUGACGCCAUGAUGUUUUGAAUGCCGAUGGAGGGCGCCGGAGUAAAGUAAACAAACUGGUAACAAAAUGCAAAACGAAAGGAACAAGUUAAAUAAUUAAACAAGGAACAGAACAUCAUACUAAAUAUAAACUCUUCGCAAGAGUUUAGCCCAUCGGUCAUUGGAAAUCUUGAUGCUACACUCCUUGGACCCCCCCUGUCUGUUUUGAUGUUUCCCUUGUCUAUUUUAAUGUUUAGGUUAUGACUAAACCAUGGCACAAGAUUUUACGAAAUAUAGUGACUAUUCUACAUUAUGGUUAUUGCCCGAACGUACGCAUAUAGAACCUGGACAACAAUACCAGUGUAUGCAAUAAUGUGAUAAAAAUAUGAUUGUAUCCGUCGUUUGGGAGACGAGGAACUGAUGGCUCGAACGCUUCGAAGCCUUGCCUGCUAAUUAUAAAUGGUUAAUAUAAACCAUCAUCGGUGAUUUUCCUAAAAGAGUGGAAUGUUAGGAUUUCUCUGUUUGUUAUAAAACGACUUUCCUAUAAUUUUAACACCACGUUGACUCUGCUUAUUUAUUACUUUCGUUUUAAAUACAAGUUUGUGAAGGGUAAAAACAAUCCCGAUUACAGCAAUUUUGUAAAGGUCUUGUUAAUUCUAAUUGAAGUGAAGUCCGUUGUACAUAUAAGAGUGCUGCUACAUGUAUAAGUUUUCACCAACUCCACUGGACAGUGGAGGUGAAUCCGACAAUAGUCCAGGAUCACGGCGAACAUGUUGGAACAAUCAAACAAGGAACGUUGAAAUUCAGUUGUACAGAAUGGAUGAUUACUCCGAUGAAGGCUCAGAAUAUGAGGAAGACUUGAGAGGACCAGAUCUCAGAAAUGUCAGGGCACAAAUUAAAAAAGCUGAACGUGAAAAGGCAAAACUUGAAAAACAAAUUACAGAAAAACAUAUGUUAGAACAAAGAUUGAAAGAAGUCAGCAAGUCAGUGUCUGAUCUUAAAAGUGUGAAAAAUUCUGGAAAUGUUUCUGUAGCCUCCACAAGUAGGCAAGGAAGUGGUGAUAAAAACAAUCGUGGUCACAGUUCAGGAUUUGAGGUACCUUCUUCGUCUGGGGGUGGUGUCGUUGAUAUGUUAAAAGAACAGCGUGAAAAGUUGAACAGAGUGACCCAUCGUCGAGGCGAUUCAGGAUCCACUCGACAGGAGGUAGACGACCACGAGCAGUCAGAGUCUGAGGAAGAGCAGGAAGAUGACUCAAAAAAUUUGGACAAAGUGAUGAGUUUGGAGCAUAAGAUGAAACUUCAGCAACAUCGAGACACAUUUGUGGAAAGUCUCAUUCCAGAUGACAUACUCAAUGACCUCAUUGCCAACAAGGUGUUGUUGAUUGGGGAUGUGAGCCGGAUCAAGGAGAAGAACACACAGGAGGCCAUGAAUGAGGAGUUACUAAACAACCUGGGGAAGAGGUCAGACCGGGCAUUUUAUGUGUUUGUCAAGUCUCUCCGUAAAACACUACAGGGAUAUCUAGCUGACCUCAUUGACGAACCAGUCCCUAAACCUAUAACUAGAAAGACCAAGCGUAAACGCAAAAAAGCGGAGCUCAAUGUUAGUGUGGACUGUGAGAGUGUUCUCCCCUUACCAAAGAAGAAGCCUCAGUGUUCCUGUCAGGAAGUCGAGGAACAGAUCCUGGUUAUGGCGCGGACAGCGUACAGUACAAUACGUCGCCGCGACAACACUCCUGCUGCUUUUGAACAAUUUAAGAAAGAAUUGUCUCAGACAAAUGACAUUAUAAAAGAUACUGCAGAAAUAAUGCAUACUCUUAAAAUCUUGUGCAAACAUGGCGACGAAAUCUCUGACAUUUCUUACGGAAGUGUGAAGUUUACAAUGCAAUUUAGAUCGAUACCAAAUGUUGUAAAACUAUGGGAGAUGUACAGAUGUGGGGAUUUGUUAGAUCUUCUACAACGAGGUCUCAUCACUAAGGCCUUGCUGCGGAAAUGCCAGGCACGUGAUGUGAAGCUUCGGGUGAGGAUACCCGAGGAGGAAUAUAUACAAUGUGUUAAAGAUCUAGAAUGUAAUGAAAAGCCAUCACCAGAAAAAUGCAGGAAAUUCAUCUGUCCUGACAAAAGAGUUCUCAGGAGUGUACACAGGGGUGGGAAUGAGGUGCCUACAGUACAGGACGUGGACACGGGUCGGGCCCGGUAUGCCUUCAGGGAAAUUCAGAGAAAUCUUGCGUUCUGUGGAGGCGCCAGUCACAGGAAGGCCAAGGUCACGGAAUGUGAGAAGGUACCGAGUAUGACGACCAGAAAGAGGCUGCUGUUACAGACUCGUCUGCAAUCGCCUGUCGCAUGACGAUGAAAUGAGUGCUAAAUCUGUGUAUAAUAAUCACGUAAGGGAGAUGUUUUCCGGGUCAAUUCGGACUAGUUCACUGUGCUAAAGAACUGUCAACCAAACAUUUUCCUUAAUACAAACGUAGGAAUUUUUAUGGUAUAGAAAAGAUUGUUGAAGGAAGAAUAUUAUUCUAAUAAUUUAUUCAACUUUAUGGAACAACAAAUGUGUAUUGGAGGAUUUGAUCUGUUUAUAGAAGUCCUCACCUAAUUAUUGAUAAAGGCAGCAUCAACAUUGGAACAUUCUGUAAUGAGUCAUUGGUAUCACCUCAGUUCUGAUCUCUUACCAUGUGUGCUAGUCUGUUUUUAUAGUGGUGUCAACUUCAUUUACUACUUAAAUGUUCAAUUAUAUUUGUGUGCUAGAAUGAACUUUUUAAAAAAUCAGGUAUAUAUGUACACGUAUAUCUUGCUUCCUUUAAAAUCUCACGAUUUCAUUUGUACAAUUUAUCUAAUAUGUAUUGUACAUGUAUAACUAAUUGUUAAAUAUUGCAAGAUAAAUUUUUAUGAAUGCAUCAGUUUUGGUUUAAUCAUGAAACAAAGUCUUGAUGAUAAUUAUUUUCCAAAUGUAAAAACAUGUUGGGAUACCACCAUUUCCAGGGAUAUGAUCAUUAAGCGUUGUUCCUGUUGUAAUGAUUGUGACUGAAAAAUUAUGGUCAUCCCCGUCGUGGUUUGAUAUACAAAUAUGAAUAGCAUUAUAAUGUUAUAAAAGUUGAGACAGUAAAAAAUAUUGAUCAUCGCAUCUGUUCUAUUACUCGACUCAUCGUUGCCUUGAUUUAAGUCACAAAAAUUGUGUUCAGGUUUAAGCUGUUUAUAUUGAGAAAAUCCUGUCAGGACUGAAAGCUAAUUGUAAUUAGAUAACAAUCUACAUUUUAGAUUUCCAUGUGUGGCAGAACAAAAAUUGUUUGAAGGUUUUACAUGAUACAGUGUCUUAGAAUGAGUUGAGGAUUAAACUUAUUGUUAAAACGUUCAUUUUAUUUGAAAUGUCAAAUUGUUUUAUCAGUAAAAUGUAUGAGAACAUGGUCUAACGAUUUCAUUUUAUCUUCACCCUAAUUAUAAAAAUUGUCUCUGAAUUGUUCUUGAUCUCCAAAUAUUGUUUGACAGCAUGUAAAUGGAUAAUGUUUUAUGCACACUUGGUUCCACUUGCUUUAUGUUUACUAUGCUAAUUGAUAAUUCAUCUUUUCAAAAAAAAAAAAAAAAAUUGUUUUGUUUACAUGUCUCAUUUACAAGUUUUUAAGGAUUCAGUUGGUUCUAUUUUAAAUGUGAAGAACACAAACUACUGUAAAAAGAACUUAAAAAGGCUCUUCUUAGAACACUUUUAAUCUGUCUCAGUAGUAUGGACUUUUGUAACAGCAUUACUUGGAUGAAAAUAUUUCUGUGACAGUUUUUAAUCAUGACUUUUCUUUUUGAAAGAAAUGUGUAUAUUUUUAUAUGUAAUGUGAGUACUUACUAUAAAUAAUUUAUAUUAGAAAGGGUAUGAAAUAUUUGUGCUAAAAAAGAGUAUAGAAUGUUUGUGCUUCAUACAGUUAAAGUGAAAAUCUAUUUAUUUUUGAAGAGUAUGUAUGUGAACAUUAUAAUGUUUAUCGUGUGUUCUGUGGUAUACAUUGUAUAUUGUACUUAACAAUAAAAGCCACUGAAGAUGAUGGCGGUCUUUAGUAUAUAAUGAUAGAACAAACUCAAUAACUUGAUGUACCACAAACAAGGGGCAAACAAAUCAUAUAACUUGUUUGAAAAAUUCUAUAGGAUUCCAUCACAAGUGUAAAUUUUGUUUAUGACAGCUGGGCCGUUUUCGAUUUUGCGGUCCAAACGGUUGGACCAGUGUUGUUUGUUUAUGAAAUAAAGACAGACCUGGUAAUUUUGAAUUGUUUUCAGAUGAACAUUGACAAAGACUUCCAAGGCCUGUAUUAACAUUUGCAGGUCUGUCAAGAUAUAUGAUGGAAAUAUUACAUUUAAAAACUGAAGAACCGGUUUGUCCGCAAAAACAAACAGGCCCAUGGUAUUGAUUAGAAUGAAAUCUCAAAUUAAAUUCUUUAUAUAAGACAUGGACAUUUCGACUCCAAUUUGUUUUCCUGUACAGAGGUAAUUAUGCAGCAUCCUUUAUUAAUUAUGAUACCUUAAGGUAUCCAUGACAACACAGUUGUGUCUUACGAUAUUAAUGACUUGGCCGUAUCAUAUGGUAAACAAGCCAAUUGUGUGGUCGGUUUGUUUAAUACAAAUGGCCUUGAUAUUAUAUAUAGGUGCCCUCUGUAUUAUUAGCUCACAUGGCUUUUAAAGACCUGGGAGCUUACGGCAUGGCUUGAUGCUUGUCGUCCAUCAAUUUAAAUCUAAAAUGGGAAAUACAUUUGUAGCAUAAUUUAAGAGUGCUUUGCCACAAUCACUUAAAUAUCCAGGUGAGCUAUGCAGGUUCCAUGGACCUCUUGUCAAAAGUCAAGUUAAAAAUGGCAAUCGUGGUUAAAAAGGUUGAUUCUUUUCUUAAGUUACUUUUGCAAAUUUGAGUAAUUUGAACAUAAUUUAAAGAAAAUUGAAUGACAUAACUUUAAAAAUUACAACAAAAUAUGACACCCGGAAUCUAAUCAUCUUUCAUUGUACUUUUGGUUAAUGCAGUAUAAACAGUAUUGGUAUCUACUUGUGUAAUGUUGAUGAUGUACUGAUCAGGACUUCCUGAUCCUGUAACUCCCUCCUGACCUAUCAUUGAGGAUCUGUCUUUGUGUUGUUGUUUAUGUAUCUCUUACAUAUUGAAGUAUUAUUGUGACAUAAAAUAUAAAAAGAAAAUAUGAUGAUAAUAAAAAUGUUUGAAUUUAUUUUAAAUCUA